ACGCAAACGACACGCAAUGGGAGCCUUCUUUUCCCAACGCGCACUUACUCCGCAUUCACAAACAGCACAUAGAAGGGCUCCAUAAGCGCUAUGUACUCAUCAAUGUUCAGGGGAAUACCCCCGCUCUCCCGCACCUCCCGCCUCGCCACCUCAUACACGUCGUCGUCACCGCCCGCAAACCUCGCAUUCGCCCGCCUCCUACGCACAAAACGGACCUAUGCCAGUGUCUCCGCCGACCCGCCGCUGUUGCAGAGGUCUCCGGGGGAGAUAGCCAGACGGGUCGCUUGUACGCAAAUGAUGUUGACGAGGUGGGGGAUAGAAGCUGCACAUGCGUCUAAUGGAAAGGAUGAGGGUACGAUUUGCUUCACUAUCUGCUUCGGGAGCACGGACGACAGGCUGAUACUUUUCACUACAGCUGGGCGGAUCGAGACAAGCUACCAAGCACUAGCCCGCGCCAUCGACGAAAGCAAGCUAGACCGUUCGUUCACGCCACAGGAGUCGAAACUGAUGGAAAAGACUCUAGGCACAUGGUCGCCGCAGGAAGACAUCGUGGGCACACUCGGGCGCUGGGAAUCGUUCGGCAUCCUGCUCUGGAUGCUGCGGAUCGUCGAUGGGGUGCCGAGGUACCACAUGCCGUUCCCGAGGGAGGUGCUGUACGAGGCGACCGCGAUCGUGCCGGCGUUCCCGACUACAGUGGCGACGUUUUUGGAGUACUUUACGAAUGGAGAGGGCGCGAAGGAAAGUCACCGCGUGACGGAGGACGAGCUCCGGACCGCCAUCAACAAAGCUGAAGCGUGGUACUGGCGCGCAAGAGCGCAGGUUGUCCUGGACUUGCGGGAGAGCUUGAAGGGAGAUAGCGAGGAGCAGAAGGCUGCCAGGAAAAAAAUCCCCUCAGCCCUCCACACAGUAAUGUCCAACCUCGACUCCGCCCUAACGCAAGCCUCAAUUCGAGCUACCACCGACCACCUAAUCGAUGAAACCAUCUCCGUUACCCAACCAGGGUCCCCCGAAAUGACCGAUUUCGGCGUCGACGGCACGCCCUACCGCGCCCUCGACGACCACGCGCUGCGGGAGGCGAAUGAUAUUGCCGAGUAUAGGCUCGCGGCGCUGGGGUGGUUGACCGGGCGCGAGUGGGACUUUCAGAGGGGGGAGGUGCCGUUUAUACAUCCAUUGGGGAGUUUGUGGACGCCGGUGGAUAAUUGAGAGGAGGGAGGGAGUAGACCGGCGUAUGGGUUGGGAGGAGGAGGGAAGGAUAGGUAGAGUAGGGCUGAUGGCGUGCAGGUAGCUAGGUUCUGAUAUGGUUGACAGGGCAUGUCCGACGGGAAUAAACAGCGCGAUGCAAAACCCGCCGGCAGACGCGUAAAACAUCUUUCACUUCUGUUUUGCAACAACCUCUCGCAAUCUUCCCUCCGCCUAUCCCAGAUCCCAACCAACACCACACGCACGCAAUGUCCCUCAGAUCCCGCAUCCUCCUCGCCGGC